UCCCCGCCCGCACAUACCACAUUCCCAGAGAACAAGUUAAAUCCUUUACCAACCUCCUAAGCUACCUCCAUUACCAUGGCCGAUCCCCGUAUCAAGCAGCUGCGCAUCAAGACUGGAAUUCUCAAGCGCACUUAUAAGGAGAAGAUCAGUUAUGAAAAGGAAGCUGAGCAGAUCCAAGAGAAGAUCAGGAAGAUGCAAGAGGAAGGUCAAGAAGUUUACUACAUCAAAAAGCAAGACCAGCUGUUGCAGGAAACCCAAAACGUCAUUCCUGAUACCCAGAAACGCCUCAAUGCUGCAUACCAUGAUCUGAAAACCCUUGUGGAAACAGAGACUGAAUUGGAAGAAGCAGAAGAGUAUCUUGCAGCCAAGGCUGUCAUUGAAGAAAGUGCCUCUCAUAUUACAGCCUAAAUCAGUCCCCAUCAUCAUCUGCACAUGCAUGCUGCAUAUGAAUUUGGACUCUUUCUGUGCCCAGUGAAAUUUAUUGAAUUCUUUUUCAAAGUGAGAGAAAAGGAAAGAUUGAAUAAGAGAUUAAUAGCAGAAGUUGAUUGAAAAAUUGAUAGUUGAAAAAGUGAAAAUAAAUAUUGUGCAUUUAUUUUCAGAGCAAAAGCGUGUACUAAUGAAAUCCCUUUCCUAAACGUAGAUGUGAUAUAAUACAUUAAACUUGGGCCUGAUAUCAUAAGACUAAUUGCCUAUGUGAUGCUUCGUCGCCUUAAAACUGUGACUGUGUUAAUUUUUCACAUUCUUGGAUUACAGUUUGUUUAAAACCUUAAUCUGACUCUAAUGCUCAGUUAUUGAAUUUAACAAACAUUAUUACAAACUGUUUUUCUUUCAAAAAGUGCAUUGUGUUACUAAUCUUUUCUGAUUUUGGAAAUUAUCAGAGAGGCCCAUUUCUUGAUAUUUCUUUUUAAACUAUUACUUACAAAUAGGUGCAAGAGUGCAUAGAAGAAAAGAAAGAAAACUGUAUAAAGAAGAACUGCCUGAAUUUUAGCUUCUGUCUUGAUUUGACUUCUAAUUUAGUCCAAAGGGGGAUCAGUCUGUAGGUUUGGUUCAUAUUGUCUUUACAAUCCAUUCACUUUAAAUUCUUAACACUUCUUUAGAUUUUGUCAUAACCUGCAUGACAUCACUAGCAUGGAUGCAAAUAGAUUUCCUCCACCAGUGGUCACAAAUGGGGCCCCAUCACCUGUAGAAAGGAAUAAUGGAAUGAAUAGAGUUCCUGCACCUGUAGGAUUCAACAGAGGUCCUCCACCAAUGGGCCAAGGGCCCCUGCCCAUGUAUUUUAACAGAGGGCCACCACCAAUGGAAAUGGCUGGACCACAACCAUAUAUAGGAUUUAACAGGGGGCCGCCCCCACCAUUCAGGGGACCUCCACCUUUUGGUUUGAAUAGAGAACCACCUCCUCUAGGGUUUAGCACUCCACCUCCACCAAGAGGAGCACCUCCUCCCCCAGGAACACAGAUGCCAUUAGGAUCCUCACCACAAUUAGGACAUAGUAAUGUUCAGUUUGACAACUUCAGCAACAUUCCACAAGCCCAUGACCAGCUGCCGGUACAUCUACAAUCAACUGAUGAUGGAAAUGGCAGUACACAGAGUAAUCUUCUGCCACCUCAUCUCCAUCAUAACCCACCAAAGAGAACAUUCCAAGGAGAACAUUUCACUGUAAAUGACUUCAUCCAGCCUCCACCAUCCUCCUCUGUGUAUCCACCUAUUCCUCAUUCAUACCAGGGUUGUACAAAUAUCUUGAGCCAGCAGUAUUACAAUAAAGGUCACAAUACAUCUUGGCAUGGUGGCCCAUCACCCAAUUCCAGUAACAGUGAAUCAUCUACUUAUCAAACCAUUAUUGAAGAAGAAACUGAUGGGUUAGAUGAAGACCAGAAGUGGAUAAACAACUUUGAGCAAAGAAUCUUGCAAAGAUGCCAGGUACAGCCUGCCAGGAAGAACCUGCCAACCAAUGCUGUUAAGCUCUCAGAUGUACAGGAGAUGAUCAAGAAAUUCAGGACUUUAACUCAAAGACUAGAGGAGCUUCGAGAUGAGAUGAAAGAGAACUCUGACAAAGCAGAUGAUCAUAUGUGGAAUAGUUUGGUUAUGGAAGCUGAGGAUAUUAAGGAAAAGUUGUUCAAAAUUGAGAGCCAUUUCCAAGACAAGGAAUUCAUCAGUUUAGUACAGCAUUUGAUAAGCCGCAGACGAAACAAAAGAAAAAAAAUCAAGAAACAGAAGGAGAGGAUGAAACGUGACAAAGAAGAGUUGAAACUGGCAUGGCAGAGAGAAGAGGAAAAGAUUGAUGUUUGGAGGGAAAAACUUGAGGAACAGGAAAAAGAAAAGAGAAGGGAAAAGGCUGUAGAAUUAGAAGCAGAUAGCAUAUUGGGAGAGGUCCGGCAGAAGCAGACAGAGGCCUCUCGCAUGCAGCAACUGUUAGAAUCCCUGACAGCCCUGCGACAGGCAAGGAUUAAUAAAGGUGCUUCUCAUGGUUAUAUGUCAACUCCAACAGAUGAUCUGCAUUUUUCUUCAACCAAAAAAGGCAUCAGUGAGGUGGUAGCAACCCAGGUUAAGGAAUACCAGCUUGAGGAACAAACACUUCGGGUUAUGAUGGGUGAAAGUGCAGCCCAGAAACCUUCUGACGGGAAUGAGGUAAAUGCUGCUGUUAGUAAAAGAGAAGCAUCAAUGAGAAAGCUGCUUUUUGGUGACUUUCCUCCAAUCAACCUAGAUAUAAUGAAGGAGUUUACUGCUGCAGAUGACAACUGGGAAAUACUUUUGCAAAGAAGGUUCGAAUGGGACCAGUACAGUACAGAGGUGAACACACCCCUUGCCUCGUCCAUUCCCAUUAAUUGGGUGAUUCCUCCAAUGCAUCCUUCAGAGGACUGGGCUCAGUAUCAGAACAAAGCUGCUUUGUGUUAGAGCUGUGACUUGUGGCUCAACCAAGACCAUAAGUUUUUUAAUUUUUUUUCAUGUUUGAUACAUUUCUUUGAACUAGUUAUCUUAUUUUGGAAAUUUAAGUUAGCUUACAUUCUUUGCACUUAUCUGAAGAUGACUUCCAUGUGAAACAUAGUGGCUCUCUUCAGAUAUAUACUCAAGGAAAGUGUGGUUAAUCUUGUGAAAUAAACUGACUGAUUCUCACA